AUUUUGCGUUGCAAGAGUGGUGUCACUUCCUUCUUGUUUGUGCAUUUGGUGCAAAUAUGUCUCUUGUUAUUCCUGAGAAAUUUCAACAUAUUCUUCGUAUUUUAAAUACGAACAUCGAUGGUAAACGUAAAGUCAUGUUUGCCCUCACGGCCAUCAAAGGUGUUGGCCGAAGGUACUCAAACAUUGUUUUGAAAAAAGCCGACGUUGACUUAGACAAACGUGCUGGUGAGUGUUCCGAGGAAGAAGUCGAAAAAAUCAUCACGAUUAUGUCGAAUCCUCGUCAAUACAAAAUCCCUGAUUGGUUCCUCAACAGACAGAAGGACAUUGUUGACGGUAAAUACAACCAGUUGACUUCAUCAACACUAGAUUCCAAAUUGCGUGAAGAUUUGGAACGCAUGAAGAAAAUUAGAGCCCACAGGGGUAUGCGUCAUUACUGGGGUCUCAGGGUCCGCGGUCAACAUACCAAGACCACAGGUCGUCGUGGACGCACUGUUGGUGUGUCCAAGAAGAAGUAAUCUUGGAAAUUUUUAUUUUUAAUUAUAAUAAAUUGAUCAUUUUGA